AUGGAAAGAAUGAACGGCCCCAGUCUGCAGCUGCGGCACCUUCCGCUUGCGACGACUGCCGGACCCCGGCCGGCCCACGAGGAUUCCUUCUCAUAUAAGGAAAACUUGAUUGGUGCACUGCUAGCUAUCUUUGGGCAUCUCCUCAUCAGCAUCGCGCUUAACCUCCAGAAGUAUGGCCACAUCCGGCUGGCAGGUAGUAAAGACCACCAAGUCUACUUCAAGACCAAGACAUGGUGGUGCGGGCUGUUUCUCCUCUUUCUUGGAGAGCUGGGGGUCUUCUCUGCCUACGCCUUUGCGCCUCUUUCCCUGAUUGUGCCGCUCGGUGUCGUGUCAGUUAUAGCAAGUGCAAUUAUAGGAAUCAUAUUCAUUAAGGAAAAGUGGAAGCCCAAAGAGUUCUUGAGACGCUACGUUCUGUCCUUCAUAGGCUGUGGCUUGGCCGUUGUCGGGACGUACCUGCUGAUAACCUUUGGGCCGAACAGUCAUGAGACCAUGACGGGAGAGAACAUCACAAAGCAUUUAGUCAGCUGGCCGUUUCUCUUGUACACGCUGGUGGAGAUAAUCACCUUCUGCCUACUGCUGUAUUUCUACAAGGAGAGGAAAGCAAACUAUAUAGUUGUGAUUCUUCUGUUGGUAGCACUCCUAGGGUCCAUGACAGCCAUUACAGUGAAGGCGGUCGCAGGCAUGAUUGUGGUCUCCAUCCAAGGGAACCUGCAGCUGGGUUAUCCUAUUUUCUACAUCAUGGUGGUUUGCAUGGUGGCGACAGCCGCCUCCCAGGCGACGUUUUUAACCCAAGCUUCACAGUUAUAUGACGCAUCCCAGAUUGCCAGCAUAGGUUACAUUUUGUCCACCACGAUAGCAAUUACUGCAGGUGCAAUCUUUUACUUGGACUUCACUGGGGAGGAUGUCCUAAAUAUAUGUUUGUUUGCCUUGGGGUGUCUCAUUGCAUUUUUAGGGGUCUUCUUAAUCACUAGAAACAAGAGGAAAUCUAUCCUUUUUGAACCGUACAUCUCUAUGGAUGCCAUGCCAGGCAUGCAAAACUUGCAUGACAACGGAACAGCAGUUCAACCUGACCUCAAAGCUUCCUUUUCUUAUGGUGCCCUGGAGAGCAACGGCGCCAUCUCCGAAAUCUAUUCUCCCGCUACGUUACCAAUCGUUCAAGAAGAGCAUGGUUCCAGAGGAGCACCUGUCCCUCCUUACCGGAUCACGGAGCACAACAAAGGAGAGUGA